GCGCAUUUGCCAGGGCGUUCCUCGCCUUACGUCAUUUGGGUAUUUCCGCAGACUAUGCCAGGGAUUGUCUAGCAAUGUGUAGCAAUGUGUAGAAGGGGCGGAUAUCUGUUAGGGAAGGAAGAAGAAGAGGGAUAGUGAAACAGUGGAGUGGAGAAGUAAAGAGUACUGGUGGCGAAUAUAUCUUAUACAUUUCUGGAACUGCAAGGGCAGCUAGCCCCUGUAAAAGGCCAGCAUUGGACAUGGAGGGAUUUCUUCCUUCCCUAUGGACAGACAUGGUUUCAAGCACAGUCAUGCCUUCCUCCCACCCACAUGUGGAAAUUAUAGAACAGCCAAAACAGCGAGGGAUGCGAUUUCGUUACAAGUGUGAAGGCCGCUCUGCUGGAAGCAUUCCAGGUGAACGAAGCACUGACACAACAAAAACUCAUCCCACUAUUAAGAUAAACCAUUACCAGGGCUCAGCGCGUAUUCGAAUAUCCCUAGUUACUAAGGAUUCUCCACACAAACCUCACCCUCAUGAGUUGGUAGGAAAGGACUGUAAGGAUGGAUAUUAUGAAGCUGAACUUUCCCCAGAUCGUAGUAUUCACAGCUUCCAGAACCUUGGCAUUCAGUGUGUGAAAAAGAGAGAGGUGGAGGAUGCCAUCGCCCAUCGUAUUCGGACAAAUAAUAACCCUUUUAAUGUGCCUCCUGAGGAGCUGAAGAGUGAUUACGACCUCAACACUGUUUGCCUGUGCUUCCAAGUCUUCAUUCCUGAUCGAGCUGCUGGUCAGGUGGUUCCUUUACCAUUUGUGGUAUCCCAGCCCAUCUAUGACAACAGAGCCCCUAAUACUGCUGAACUGAAGAUAUGCCGAGUGAACAGAAAUUCUGGGAGUUGCAUGGGAGGAGAUGAGAUCUUCUUACUUUGUGAUAAAGUACAAAAAGAAGAUAUCGAGGUGCUAUUCGUUUUGGGCAACUGGGAAGCUCGAGGCAUAUUUUCACAAGCAGAUGUUCACCGCCAGGUAGCCAUUGUCUUCAGAACACCUGCUUUCCAUGACACAAAAAUACGUCAGUCUGUCAAAGUGCAAAUGCAGCUGAGGCGGCCAUCAGACAAGGAAGUCAGUGAGCCUAUGGAGUUUCAGUAUCUUCCAGAUGAAGUUGACCCCCACCAUAUUGAUGAAAAACGGAAAAGGACCCUUGACAGUUUCAAGCAUUAUGUGAAGAAUCCUUUUGCAGGAGGAGAGACACGAACCCCACGCAGAAUUGCUGUGCCAAAUCGUAUAGUGCCAACAAAGUCAGAGCCUAUAACAGCAUCCAUUAGACCCAGCCCUUCAGUUCCAAAUCCAAUGGUGCCUUCUCUUUCAUUUUCCAUGCCAGUAUUGAAGGUUGACAGUGUGACUUCAGCUUCGACUCGUCUAUCCACCGUCAACAUCAGCGACUUCAGCAAUUUAGGAUUUUCAUCACAGCCUCCCCCUCAGUCUGAUCCUGACCGCAUAGAAUCCUUUUUAAACUACCCCUCAUUCUCAGGCGAUGCAAAUCUGGAUUUAGUAGAAAUGUUGCCAAAUGACACAGAGAGCCGCUGUACCAGUUUGAGUUCUAUUGACAAUAGUGAUUUUAGCCAGCUUCUUAGUGAGUCACAAACAUCUGGGACACUCUCAGCAGGUUUACAAGAGCCUGGGACUAGUCAAGGUACACUCAUGUCCUAUCCCGAUUCCAUCGCUCGGCUUAUGAGCAACCGGCCCAUUGAAGAUGAUGGUGAAGAAAGAAUUGACAGUGUCCUAAUGAAUGGGGUUUUUGAUAUGCAGCAGGGAGUAGAGUCUAUAACCUCCUUAUUAGACCUUGACCUCUCUUCUUUCAUGAACAUUAAAUAAAUUGCUUUAUUAAUGUGAGCAAUAAGACUAAGCAUGAGACCUGCCUAAAAUAAUUUGGAUCCUGUAUAUUUGUUCAGAUGCAGUAGGACUCCAGAAAAUGUUCUAAUAUAACAGACUGUGCUGGCCCUGUCAGGCUGACAUUGACUUUUUGGUUUUGGAAGAAUAUGGAGGAACAGUACAGGUGGUGUAAUCCUGUAUUUGCCCUCUUAACAGACUUCUGUAGAUACUUUUAUCAAAUAUUUUAAAGUUAUUUUUGACCUCUGCUACUAUUUAUGCAGAGUAAAAAAGGAUUGUCUUAUGAGUACCGCUCAUCAGUCAUUUAUAAGCAAGUUUGGUUGUAUAUUCUGCUUUUCAUGGGUGUUCAAUAUAAUCCUUCUCAUUGCCUACAUGAAUCGCAGUAAAGUUGCCUGUUUACUUGUACUCUCUGCCUGUAAAUAAUUGUUUUUUUUUAUCCAUUCAUAGACAUCCAGAAUGGGUAUUUUUAGGUGUGGACAUCAAAGGUUAAACUUGGCAAACAGCAGAGCGAUCACAUCUAUAAAAAAUUUCCGAUUCGUGUGAUAUUGGUUAAAGGUGCAAAGAUUUAAUUUGCUGUGAUUUGCUAAACUGGCCUUUUGUAAAUCCUAAAACCUUCCCAUAGCUGUUAGAUUGAUUUCUAUUUAGAGUCUUCUUCAUUCCAAUAGAAUCAUUCCCUGCUUUGGGCUGCAGAAUUAAAUAUAAAAGCUAUUCAUAUUA